AUGGCGGCACCAGACAAAGUCUUCUCUCUGGAAGGGAGGGUUCUCAAGCUGGAUACUGCUCAAGACCUCGAAGCCCACAUCGGCCCACUGCGCGCCAUGGAUGACGUCGAGGAGGUGCGCAUCCUAGGAAACACUCUAGGUGUCGAGGCUUGCAAACUGCUUGGUGAAGUCUUGGCGACAAAGAAGUCCUUGAAGGUUGCAAACUUAGCUGAUAUAUUUACCGGCCGUCUACUGAACGAGAUCCCCGAGGCACUCUCGUCUCUUCUUACCUCUAUCCUCAACUUGCCUAACCUUCGCACCAUCAACUUAAAUGACAACGCAUUUGGCCUUAAUACCCAGGCCCCUCUGGUCGCUUUCUUGUCCAAGCACAUCCCACUCCAGCAUUUGUACCUCAACAAUAAUGGACUGGGACCUCAUGCCGGCAUACUUAUCGCCGAUGCGCUCUCCGAGCUCCACGCAAAGAAGGAGGAAGCCAGAAAGGCUGGUCAAGAUGUUCCCUAUCUAGAAACAGUUAUCUGUGGCCGAAACCGAUUGGAAAAUGGAAGCAUGCUUGCUUGGGCCAAGACUUUCAGCCUCCACAGCAGCAUCAAGGAAGUGAAGAUGGUACAAAAUGGAAUCCGUCAAGAGGGCAUUGAACAAUUGCUUACUGCAGGUCUGAACCACGCCACGGGGCUGAAGGUUCUAGAUCUGCAGGACAAUACCUUCACCAUCAAGGGGGCCAGAGCACUUGCUAAGGUUGUCCCGCUCUGGGCAGAUAUCCAAGAGCUUGGCAUCGGUGAUUCUCUGCUCGGCGCCAAAGGUGGCGUCCUCCUUGCCGGCGCCUUCGCUAAGGGCCAAAAUCGAAAACUCGAGACACUUCGCUUGCAGUACAACGAUAUCAAUGCCGUCGGAGUUAAAGGCCUUGCGUCGGCGGCUAGGGAUGGCCUACCGGCUUUGAAAAGGAUUGAGCUCAACGGUAACAAGUUUGCGGAGGAUGAUGAAUCCAUACUAGCCCUCCAAGAGCUGUUAGACGAGCGCAAGGAAAAGAGCGGAGGCGACAUCGUCGACGAAGACGCCUGGGGCGUGGAUAGCUUGAGUGACCUCGAAGACCAGGACUCGGACGAGGAAGAGGAGGAGGAGGAGGAGGAGGAGGAGGAGGAACCCUCUCCUCAUGAAAAGGCCGAAAAGUUGGCCAAGGAAGCUGAAGAGGCCCAGGAACAGCCUACUGUCCAACUGAAGGACGACGAGGUGGAUGCGCUGGCGAAGAAGCUAGCUCAGACCGAGAUCUAG